AAAUGUGAAUAAAAUAUUAUUUUCAUUCUUAUUUUGAUUGGCAGCACAUUCAAUUGACCGAUCAUUCAUUCGUUCACUAACUGACAGUUGAAAAAAUGGUAAUAUUUCUUCGCAAAACUUACGGUUUGGUCAACAAGGUUGCAAGUCGGUUUGUCCAAGGCACUUAUUUGUCCAGCACAAUGGGCAGCUCAUAUUCAAGAUCUUACUCCCCAAACAGCGGACAGUGUCCGCCAAAUCCCGAAAAUCGCGGUACAAUAUCACGCAUGGAGUCCAGCGCCAAUUACGUCGAGUCCAUUGUCUGUAAUGAGAAUGACAUGAAAGAAAAUGAAAUGAAAGUCUUCGACAUUGGGGAAGAAGGGAGAGUAUUGCUUGUGAAGCAAAAGGGUGAAUUCAGCGCAGUAGGUACCACGUGUACACAUUACGGCGCUCCCCUCGUGUCUGGCGCCUUAGGAGACGGAAGAAUUCGCUGUCCAUGGCACGGAGCCUGUUUCAACAUAAAAACUGGAGAUAUUGAAGAUUUCCCUGGCUUCGAUUCUCUGCCCUGCUACCAAGUUACUGUAACGGAAAAGGGUGAAGUCAAGGUAAGGGCCAAGCGCAGCGAUUUGAAGUCCAAAAAACGUAUUAAGGAUAUAGGCGUAGCGAACCAGUGCGACAGUUCAGUAGCGGUGAUCGUGGGCGGCGGCCCGUCCGGAGCCACCUGCGCGGAAACACUACGCAGCGAAGGAUUUAAGGGACGGAUCACAAUGGUAGCCAAAGAGAACUACCUCCCUUAUGACAGAAUUAAAGUCUCAAAGAUCGGUACCGUUACAGAUAUAGAAAAACUACAAGCACGGUCUCAACAAUAUUACGAUGAAGCUAGUAUAGAAGUAAUCAAAGGGGUUGAUGCUACUAAAGUCGAUACCGAGGAACAUAUUGUUCACUUGAGCAACGGAAACAAGCUACGUUACAAUGCGUUAUACUUGGCUACUGGCUCCACUCCACGUGUACCAGAUGUCCCUGGCAUAGAUUUAAAGAACAUCUUCACAGUUAGAAACUUUGAUGAUUCAGUUAAUAUUCUGAACACGUUGGGAACCAACAAAGAUAAGGAUGUUGUUGUGUUGGGUUUGAGCUUCAUAGGAUUAGAAAGUGCGUCCUCUUGCAACGAUAAAGCCAAGUCGAUGACUGUUGUUGGCAAAGAUACUACUCCACUUGGUCAAAUAUUCGGCAACGAAAUUGGAAGUAGUUUACAAAAAUUAUUCGAAAGUAAAGGCGUCAAAUUCCAGUUUGAUACCACUGUGGUCAAAUGUAAUGGUGAAAAUGGUGUGAUAAAGUCUGUAGAGUUGGCCAAUGGCACCACACUUCCUGCUGACAUUUUGAUAAUAGGCGUGGGAACAACAUUCAACACAGGUUUCUUGAGCGAUAGCGGAAUUAAAUUGGAGGGAAAUGGUGCGGUUACCGUCAAUGAUAAGUUAGAAACCAACAUCAAAAAUGUGUUUGCGGGUGGCGAUAUCGCUUGUGCACCCGUGUAUGCUCAUGCCAAUAAAAAUUUGAGCAUCGGGCAUAUCGGCUUAGCUCAAUAUCAUGGUCGUAUUGCUGCCUUGAACAUUUUGAAGAGAGAAAUUCCAUUAAAGACAGUUCCGUUCUUCUGGACUGUAUUAUUCGGAAAGUCUAUCCGAUAUGCUGGUUGCGGAAGACCAGCGAGUACUCAGAUAGAAGGAGAUGUAGAUGGUCUGAAGUUUGUCAUCUUCUUCUUUGAUGAAAAUGACAAAGUAAUAGCUGUGGCUUCCUGUAUGAGGGACCCGGUGGUCUCUCAGUAUGCUGAGUAUGUGCACCAGGGCAAAACUCUUUACAAGAAGGACCUCAAAGACGACCCUUUUGCGUGGACGAAGAGCAAUUAGUCAAUAUUUCCAUUAUCUGUUAGCUUAGCUAAAAUCGUUGUAUUUAAUCUGUUGUCAAGAAACUUAUUCAUAGGUAUAACUGCUUAGAAGGUUACGUUCCGGCAAAUAUUAUCAAAAUAUGUAAUAUUUAUGUAGGUAUAACUAUAUUUACGCUUUUAGUAGUAUGUACUUAUGCGUUUAUUUUGCUUUCUGUGUCAAAAUGUGAUCAUCAUCCAGUCAUAAUAUAAAAAAACAAAUAAGGACUUUAUAAACACGUGAUAUAAAAAUUAAUCAUUGAUAGAUAUCCACUUAGAUGUUUGAUACGUUUCGAAUUUACUAAGUAUUAUCAGUGAUAGAAACUCGAAUUUAUGUUUGUAAUGAGAUUAUUUACUGUAUAGUUCGUUCCAUAAUUAGAGACAACGAUUUGACAUUU